AUAUGUUUUUGGUUUCGUAUUAUAUCGUACUAUCAUAGUAGUACCAAGACCAGGAUCAGAAUACAAAUUAGAGGCUUAGAUUUGUUUUGUUUCUUGUUGGCGUUAAGAAUUAAAAUAAGUAUUUUUUAGGAAAUGUUCUUUAUGUUUCAUAUUUGUGACGAUUUUUAUUACUUUGUCCCACACUGAAACCAUAGUGUCAAAAGACAGCAUUAGAUCUGCCGUGAAGUCAUAUAUUUUGCCAGAAAAGUACAUACAAUUUUGUGUCAGCUUGUGAGUUUUUAAUAAUUGUGACAGUAAUUAUGUAAAACUGUGGUUUCUCAUGGCUAACAGAGAUAAAUUAUUUUUGUCAAAACUAGGUGAUGUUGAGGAGAUUGACUAUAAUGACAUAGAACUCAUACAGAUAGUUGGUAAAGGCUCAUUUGGCGUUGUGUACAAAGGCCUUUGGAGAGGUGACUAUGUAGCUGUAAAACACAUAGAAUCAGAAGCUGAGAGGAAAGCUUUUGCUAUAGAACUGCGCCAACUUUCAAGAGUGUGUCAUGACAAUAUUGUUAAACUUCAUGGCGCAUGCACUGUUGACCGGUUUUGUCUAGUCAUGGAAUUUGCUGAAGGAGGCUCUCUAUAUAAUGUGUUACACUACUUGUCUAGACCAGCGUAUACUGCAGGCCAUGCUGUCCACUGGGCACUUCAGUGUGCACGCGGCGUUGCCUACCUGCACAACAUGAAACCUAAAGCUGUUAUACAUAGGGACUUGAAAUCACCAAACCUGCUGCUGAUCAAGGAUGGAACAAUACUGAAGAUCUGUGACUUUGGGACUGCUUGUGAGAGGAAAACAUAUAUGACAAACAAUAAAGGGAGUGCAGCAUGGAUGGCUCCUGAAGUUUUUGAAAGUUCUAACUACACAGAGAAGUGUGAUGUGUUCAGUUGGGGUGUGAUACUGUGGGAAGUGUUGAGUAGACAGAGACCGUUUAGUGAUAUUGGUGGAUCUGCAUACAGGAUCAUGUGGGCUGUACAUAAAGGUGAUCGUCCUCCUCUCAUUGAUGGGUGUCCAAAACCCUUAGAAAUGUUAUAUACAAGGUGUUGGGAUAAAAAUCCUUCAAUACGACCAUCAAUGGAAGAAGUAGUCAGAAUCAUGACUGCAUUAUUCACAUUUGUUAGUGGUUAUGACGUUCCUUUGCAGUUUGAAGACAACUUUCUGGGAGAAGGAGAAGGAGAAGAAGAGGAAGAGUACUGUGAAACGGAGAAUACUUUAGAGUCUCAAAGUAACCUUAUAGAUUCCUACAUUGAAAAUCUGAGAAGCAGUACAAUGAAUGGUAUAAAAGAGCCAAUGGAGAUGAAUUCUGACCCCAGGUUCAGCACACCAUUGGUCAUCAGUGUGGAGCCAGAACCAUUUGGUUAUAUUAAUCAAAAUGGUAUGAAGACUGAAGAAGAAGAUGUAGAUUUUAACUCGCCUACUCCAGACAGAAUGCCCCCAUUAGCACCCACUUUUCUGCAACCAAAGUCACCAUUCAGACCCGUAUUUUGUAACAGCUGUCCGCAGCCAGAGGUGGACAACAUGUACUUGAUGCUGGACCCUCAGUUUCACCCCAUCCCUCCUGACACAUCUUGCCAGCAAUCCAUCCAGAUAUUUGAGCAACACAAACAGUUGGCACACGAGUACCUGGAAGUACAGACUGAGAUGGCUUACCUCCAACAGCACAUGCAAGACCUAUCUGAAAGACUGUCCGUUACUGCAGAACAGCAACAAGAGGAGGAGGAAAUCCGUAAACUGGAAAAAGAAAAGGAACAGUUAUUGCAGCUCCACAGGAAUCUGAAGAUCCAACUGGAGUUACUGAAACAACAACGAGGAGAUCGAUCCCAGCAAGAGGAGCCUUGGACUGAUGGAUGGGUCGUGGUUCCUCAUCCUAGGCCUACGUAGUUACUUUCAUCCUUUCUUUAUUAUUUUUGUUUAUAAAUAAUAAUUGUAAUAUAUAUGUCUUAUUAUAAUGUAA